GAGAGCCGCUCUUUCCGCUGGGCUCGAUGGUGACGCGGUAGCCCAUCCGGUAGCCAGGGAGCAUUUCGCCGAGGAGCCGGCGCGCGAAAGCUAUUUGGAGUAUGGAUUAUAAGCCUGAACCUGAACCCCUCAGUGAGAGCUCAGAACUUCUCUUCUCCUUUGGAGUGAUAGCAGAUAUUCAAUAUGCUGAUUUGGAAGAUGGCUAUAAUUUCCAGGGAAACAGACGGAGGUACUACAGACACAGUCUUCUUCACUUACAGGGUGCUAUUGAACACUGGAAUAAAGAAAGCAGCCGGCCCCGUUGUGUACUUCAGCUUGGAGACAUCAUUGACGGAUACAAUGCGCAGUACAAAGCAUCAGAAAAGUCACUGGAGCGCGUCAUGAACACAUUCCAAAUGCUAAAAGUCCCUGUCCAUCACACGUGGGGAAACCAUGAAUUCUAUAAUUUCAGCAGAGACUAUUUAACAAACUCCAAACUUAACACAAAGUUUCUGGAAGACCAGAUUGCCCACCAUCCUGAGACUGUGCCCUCGGAGGAUUAUUACGCGUAUCAUUUUGUGCCAUUCCCUAAAUUCCGCUUCAUUUUACUCGAUGCUUAUGACAUGAGUGUCUUGGGCGUGGAUCAGUCUUCUCCAAAAUACCAGCAGUGUCUGAAGAUACUGAGGGAGCACAACCCAAAUACGGAACUGAAUAGUCCUCAAGGACUUCGUGAGCCCCAGUUUGUCCAGUUUAAUGGUGGAUUUAGCCAAGAACAGCUGAGUUGGCUGAACGAAGUUCUUACAUUCUCCGACAGAAACCAAGAAAAGGUGGUGAUUGUGAGCCAUCUUCCCAUUUACCCCGAGGCCUCUGACAGUGUGUGCCUGGCCUGGAAUUACAGAGACGCCCUGGCAGUCAUUUGGUCUCACAAGUGUGUGGUAUGCUUCUUCGCCGGCCACACUCACGAUGGCGGCUACUCUGAGGACCCUUACGGUGUGCACCACGUCAACAUAGAAGGGGUUAUCGAAACAGCUCCGGACAGCCAGGCCUUUGGCACCGUUCACGUCUAUCCCGACAAAAUGAUGUUGGAAGGGAGGGGCAGAGUUCCAGACAGAAUUAUGAAUUACAGGAAGGAAUAAGCCUUCCUUCCAUUUUUUGUCUGAUUUUAUUUGUUUACUUUUAUAGGAAGAGACUGACUUGGCUUUGUGGUUUUGUUUGCUCCCCAUUCCCCAAGCCUCAGUCUCAUUAUUUAGGAUUCUAUUUGCAUAACAAAUAGCCAUAAAUGGCUUCAAUGUGUGUUAGCUCAUAAGAUACUCUGAAGUGUCAUUUUUGGGUAAUAUAUCCCAUGCUGAAAAUUGGAAAGAAGAUGAAUGAAAGUAGCGUGAGUAAACCAGGGAGGAGACUGAGGUGGAAGGUGGAUAUACUCCUCAAAACAGACACUAUUUAGCCUUACCUGAGAUGUUUUUUACUUUUUACAAGGAGAAUGUAUUCAUUCACUGUGUUAGCCAUGUAACUUAAAAUUCACAAUAAAAAAGUAAAAGAA